GUGUCAACCAACGGUGACCUGACACAACCUGUCACAGAGUAAACAGAUAUAAAUUGAAUCUCUCCAACUGUUACCGGUUAAAGGUUCCUCUUGGACGACGAUUUAAAUCGACAUCUACUUUCGCAUGGAAUACAGAAAAGGGACAAUGAAGGGUUCUUCGUUUCUAAGGAUUCGUUUGGACGUGCUUUUUGGAGUAUUUUUCACCGUUGCGGCCGCACAGAAUCCGACAAGAGUGACGAACUCGGGUCGAGUGCUGGGCUUCACGACAACGGUUGAAAGCGUGACCGUUGAGAACUACCUCGGAAUUCCUUACGCCGCAGCGCCGCUAGGAAACCUUCGCUUCAAACCGCCGGAGAACGUACGCCCGUGGGACGGCGUCAGAUACGCCACGGACUUCGGGGAUCUGUGCAUGGUGGCGCCGAGGCUCUCACAGUCACCGCCUUCCUCCCUGUCCAUGUCUGAGGACUGUUUGUUCUUAAACGUCUUCGCACCACGAACAACUGGCACGGAGGACCUGGCUGUUAUGAUUUGGAUACCAGAUGAUGGGUUCAAUACUGACACGGCGACGAACUACAACGGAGAGUGGCUGGCCGCGGUGGGGAGCGUCAUCGUGGUGACCGUGAACUACCGGCUGAGCGUGUUCGGCUUCCUCAGCACGGGGGACAGCACAGCUCCGGGAAACUACGGCCUCAUGGACCAGCGGGCGGCUAUACAGUGGGUCAAGGACAACAUCAACAACUUCGGCGGUGACCCAGACAGAAUCACCCUGUUCGGCGAGAGUGCCGGCGGUGCGUCGGUCAGCAUGCAGAUGCUCUCCCCGCAGAACAACGGGCUGUUCCAGCGAGCCAUCUGCCAGAGCGGCGUGGCCAUGAGCCCGGGGAUGAUUAACCUGGACCCGCUGGCGGCCACGCGAGCGCUGUGCGAGUACCUGAACUGUCGCACCCAGGACCCCGUGGACAUGGUGACCGUACUCAGGAGGAUGAGCGCCAACGAGCUUGCACAAGCGGCUGCACGCUUUACAGGUAACUACACGGAGAGGAUCUGGAGUCCGGUGAUCGACGGCGAGUUCCUCCCGGACGAUCCCGUACGUCUCCUGGAGAGGGGCUCCGUCCCGGACAGACAGCUACUUCUCGGCUUCAACGAGGACGAAGGCGCCUACCUGAUGUACGAGGGCCUGCCCGGAUACUACAUCAGGAACAGGGAGACUUACAACUACUACAUGAACGCCUCACUCUUCCACAUAUUUCCAACUAACACCGAGUUGAACAUGGCUACCUUCGUGUACCAGUUCACGCAUGCGCGCCGCACGAACCUGCCAGCCUGGGCGGGCGCGGUGCACGCCGACGAGCUGUACUACCUCUUCCCCACCGUUAGGGGGAACAACCCGGACCUCAUGACGGACGACGAGAUGCAGCUGGUCAACGCCAUGAUGACGUACUGGUCUAACUUUGCCAAGACUGGGAACCCCAACUUGCCGUACAACCCUGUCCUGCCGACCACGUGGCCACGCUACACAGGCACCCAGAGGUUCAUUGACCUGACGAUCCGGAUGUCCGACAACUCCGUGGGGCAGUACAUCCGGCCCAGGCGCACCUUCUUCUGGACCAAAAUGAUGCCCGCACUCGACUCUCAGUCCUGCAGCCCGGAGACUAUUGAUGACACGACCAACGUGAACGGAUGGCUGGAGGAGACCAUCCUGCUGGGACUCAGGAGGAAUGACGUCAUCCAGCUGGGCGUGGUUGGAGGGAUCGCCAUCCUCCUCAUCCUGGUGUUCUUCAUCUCCUGCGUCACCUGCUGUAAGGUCCUGUCUGUCAACAGGAUGAUGCGUUAUGAUGACUCUAAGAUUCAUCUCAGCAGCUAUGCAUAGUAGUAGUACAUGUAUCUAUAAUGGUAAAAUCAGUGAUUCUGAGUUUGUGACUCCAAGGCUGGUGAUUCUAAGACACUAAGUCAAUGAUGGAGUUAAGUUUCCUAUGUCAAUGUUUGCCAAAUAUGACAGAAUUUUGGAACAAUUGUGACACUGUUUCUGUAAUAGGAUUAUUUCAUUGAUCGCUUGCUGAUGCUUAAUGUGGUUUAUCUUUCUUAACACGAUUGAUCUACAAAAUGUUCGUAAGUGAAAAUUUUUUUGGUGAUGAUCAUUUUUUCCUAGUUUGGGUUAAAUGGAUCAUGGAAAUGUUCAUGACAGUGGCGUUCCACAUCUGCAAGCUAUGUAAAUAUGCAACAAAAAUUCCCUGUAGGUAUGGAAUUAGUUUUUAUACAGGUACAUUUCUCCUGCAUGGAUAUGUGUUGUUUUGGUGGAUAUCUCAAGAAAAAAUCUUAACAUAUUUCCUCUUUAACUAAAUGGGAUACAAGAUAAGGUUGAGUAUAGUUGCUAUCUAUUUAGACGUUUUGCGGGAGAUGCUUAGUUGUGUUGUUGUUGUUUAUUGACUUUUAUCUUUAAAACGUUAUCAAGUUACUUCUUGUUUGGGAGUAAAUUACAUU